GCUGGGCGGCCGCCCCGGAGUAAGCGCGGGCGCGGGGCCGCCGCGGCGGGAUGGGGCGGCUCGGGGCCCGCCGCCUCUUCCUGCUCGCCGCCUGCCUGGGGCUCUGCGGGGCGCGCGGGGCGCUCGGAGCAUCUUUUUAUGGUGAAAGUUAUGUGGAGCUCAACAUCAUAGAAGUUUCCUCUGAGUUAUCUCUUCAAUUAAAAUUUCAAACCAGCAAACCACGGGGAUUACUUUUUCUUGCAGCGGGGAAAAAUGACUACUGUAUUAUAGAACUUCUAUCAGGAAACUUACGGGUGAGGGUGAAUUUGGGUGCAGGUAAACAAGUGCUCCUUUCCGAGGAAAGACUUCGUACAGAUGACCUGGUUUGGCAUUUAGUGGAACUGUACUAUGUUAAAAACAAUGUCUCUCUGGUUAUUGACAAACAUUAUGAGACAACGGGCCAUAUCACCGGUGAGGUGCACAAUUUGCACUUUCAACACGGAAUCUACAUAGCAGGCCACGGUGGGCUUGAUGUCCCUUACCUGAAUGGAGAGCUCCCCAAUUUCCGCGGAUGUAUGGAGGAUGUGCUAUUUAACCAGGAGGAGAUCCUGGCAUCCCUUAGAUCUUACCCUGGCUUUAAGAAGGUUUAUGAAGUGUCACUAGGAUGCAGUGACGAAUUUUUUGCAGGAGAGGAUGAAGCCAUCAAUUUCUUCAGCUCCAGAUCCUACGUCGCCUUCCCAGAAUGGAAGGUGCCAGGGGAAGGGCUAUUGGAAUUUGCUUUACAGACUGGAACUCAACAAGCCUUACUUUUAUUUCAGUCAGGUAGAGAAGGAAAUUUCGUUGCUUUGGAAAUAGUUAACGGUCUAUUGAGGGCUCAUGUAGGAUGGAGCAAAAGCAACACCCAGCUCUCUUCGUUUAGCUUAGUUAGUGACAACAAGUGGCACGUUAUUCAACUGAAGUUCACUGGAAGUUAUCUGGCCCUGAUGGUGGAUGAGCAAGGGGUAAGGACAUUGCUGCCUUUGCAAAGCAAGCCAUUGGUAUCUGAAGGCCCCCUCUUUGUGGGAGGUCUUAAUGCCCGUAAGGGAGAAGAAGUUAAGAAGUUAGGAUUUGCCUCUGUGCCUAAGAAAUCCGCUCGAGGAGUUUCUUUCAAAGGAUGCUUAAGAGGCUUGGAAGCCAACUCAGAAAAGAGAGCAUUGAAGGAUGCCCUUGUUUCCAAAGACAUAGCUGCUGGGUGUAAAACGAGGAGUAGUGAUAAUGAAAAUCCUUUCAUAACGACAAUGGAAAACCUGCUUCAGUCAGAAGUUCCCCUUUCCACCACCGUCGUCGAGGCAGGCAAGCCUUUUUUUCAAGAUGCGCGUAGCUAUUCCCUGAGUCUGAGUAACUUGGAGAUCCAAGAAGGUGGGCGAGCCUUACUGGAACAAAGGCAUAUGAAAGUGGAUGUGGAAUCUGAAGAUUUGGCUGUCCAUCAUUCUCAAAUUCUAUUUAAAAUAGAGGAAAUGCCCCUUCACGGGUUCUUUCAAUUAGAUGUUUCCCCUGUUCAGGAAAUGGAGAAAGCUUUCACGAUGUUAGAUUUGAGGCAAGGGAAAGUUUGGUAUGUCCACGAUGGUUCAGAAGAACCUAGGGAUUUUUUCACAUUUUCAGUCUCUUCCAACAGCAAGCAGAAGAUGCCAUUUUAUCUGCAAGGCCAUGUUCCAUAUGUGUUCAACAUCACUGUCAUUCCAGUAAAUGACCCCCCGCACCUUAAGCUCCCCGAAGGAAACUUGCUUCUCUUGUUUGAGAAUUCUAAGAAACGACUGACUCCAAAUAUAAUACACGUGUCAGACCCUGACACAGAUUCCUUGAGUCUUAGUUUCUCCAUUCUUGGCAACUUCAAUUCAGAUGCUGGGUUUUUAGAAAACACCAAUGAUCCUGGGAAAGCGAUUAAUGGUUUUACACACGGGGAUUUAAGAGAUGGCAACAUUUUCUACGUGCACAGAGGUCCUCGGAACUCCCGGAUCCUUCUGAGAGCAAGUGAUGGAGAGCUGGUUAGCAAUACAGUAGUGUUACGGGUCAUGGCUGUUCCUUGGGGCUUUGAAGUGGCCAUUAGAACCGGUGUCGUUGUCCAGCAGGGUGGCACAGUUCUGAUUACACAGAGUAACUUGUCGGUGGAGGUUAAUGGUGAACCCCACGAGAUGGAAACCCGCUAUGCUAUCACUCAGCCACCCCAAUUUGGCCAGAUUCAGCGGCAGGGGUCAAGUGGCGAAUGGAAACAAGUUAGUACCUUUUCUCAGCAUUCCAUUGAUCGGGGUCAGGUCCGGUACCAUAGUGCAUUUCGAGAAUUACAGCUAGGAAAUGUUACAGAUCACUUUAAAUUUAAAGUUAACAUAGAAGGAAAAGUCAGCGAGGAGCUAAUGUUUCCGAUUACCAUACGGUGGCUAAGGUUUACACUUCUCAAAAAUGUUCCUCUUAAGGUCAGUAAAAUAAACAGACAAGUAUUGAAUUCUGAUCAUUUGCAGGCUGUGACAGAGGGUGUGGACAUAGCUCAGAAGGAACUGCAUUUUAAGUUGCUGACCCCACCUAAGAAAGGAAAAUUGCUACUUGGCAAUAAAGUGCUAAAAACAAACUCAGUCUUCAGCCAACAAAACAUUACAGACUCUAAGAUAAGUUACGAGCCAAAGGAGAGGCCCAGGGAAGACACACAAGAUACCUUUAGGUUCUUGAUUGUUGCGAAGCACAUAGCAUCAAAAGAUUAUACUUUCAGAAUAAACUUCGAAGCAGAUAAGACACGCGUUACUGUGACUAACAGAGGAUUAUUUGUCAAAGAAGGAGAAGGGAAAUUAAUUACAAAAUCAGAAUUAUUUGCUCAAACACUGGACAAUCAGACCUUCCAAUAUAAAAUCACCCAGAGUCCUCAACACGGGAAGCUGAAACUGAUUAACUUGUCAGAUCCUUUGAGAAGUCAUGACAAUAUCACCGCAUUCACUGAUCAAGACCUAGUGGGCGAGCGACUGAUGUAUGUCCACGAUGAUUCUGAGACCCAGUGUGAUGAAUUCCUCCUUGUGGCCUCUGCCAUAGCACCAGGCCAAGACGGAGUGGUCAGGGAUCUUGACACAGAGCAUUUAUCUACAGAAAUCAAAGUUACCAUUUCUGUAGGGUUAAAGAAUGAUGAGAAGCCAGUGCGCGUGGUAGAUAGGGUCUUUCAUGUUGUGAGAAAUGGCCAGCGCCUGCUGACCCUGGCAGAUCUCUGUUACCAUGACCCCGACUCAGAUUUUGAUGAUGGGCAGUUGCUCUAUACCCGGCGGGGCAUCCCAAAUGGGGACUUGGUGACAGCCAGUGACCUCUCUCAGAAACUAUACCAGUUCAGGCAACGUGACCUUCAGGAAGGGCGAGUGCUCUUUAGGCAUCGGGGUGCAGACUCUGCUCGCUUUGUGCUGUUCGUGACGGAUGGUGUCCAUUACACGUCCUUCCUUCUAGAAGUCAGUGCCUCAGACCCUUAUGUCCAGAUAGCCAACAACACGGGGUUGCUUGUACAGAGAGGAGAGGGCAGCAGCCUCACAGCAGCUAACCUCAGUGUCACCACGAACCAAGAUAUCAGAACGGACCACGAGAUCGAAUUCCACAUGGUACAGCCCCCGAAGCAUGGCCGAGUGCUGGUCAACCACUCAGUGUCCCGCUCAUUUUCCCUGCACGACGUGAAACAAGGCCAUGUGUUUUAUAGGCAUGACGGCAGAGGCAAUUCUGAUAUGUUCAACCUGACAGUGAGAGUUAAAGAGGUGUAUGUAGACGUAGGCAUCUAUGUGCACGUGUACUCUGAAAGCCACCAACAUGGCACCCGAAUUCUGCUCCAGACCCUUGUUGUUGAAGAAGGAAAACCAGUAAAACUGAGUAGAGGAAGACUGCAGGCUGUGCAUGAAGAUAAUAUUCCUGCAGAGGCAACGUUCAUCGUCAGAAUUCCGCCGAUGCACGGAUACCUCCGAAAAUCUUUACCUGAAGAAGGCAGCUUGGGUGCAGAUGAAAAGUCCCCUCUGAUUUUUACACAACAGGAUAUUGAUGAUGGCAAUAUCCAUUAUGUACAGAUAGCUCCUGAGCAACAACAGGACCAUUUUUUACUGGAUGUGGUGAGUGGUAUCCAAGCUGUGAAUGGAAUUGAAAUUUUGGUGGAUAUCGUCCCUAAGCGGAUUCCUCUGGAGGUACAAAAUUUCACAGUCCAGGAAGGUGGUUCCAAAGCACUUCUGGAAGACUAUCUCAAAAUUCCAAGCAAAUAUUUUGAGAGAGUUGACUGUGAAUUUGUUCUGCUCAAACCACCACAACACGGUUAUGUUGAAAAUUCUAAUUUUCCAAGAAUAAAGCUAAUGAAGUUUACCAGGAAACAGGUGGAAAAUGAAGCGAUUUACUAUGUGCAUGAUGAUAGUGAGGAGCUUCUUGACAAUUUCACCAUCUUUGCAAAUAGCUCAGAGCUUGGAAAACAGAGUUUGCCCCAAACUCUUUUUGUAACUGUGGAAUCAGUAAAUGAUGAGGCUCCAAUAAUAACAGCCAACAACAUCCUUCAGGUAUGGGCGAAUUCUGUCACCGAGAUUACCAGUGAGGACCUCUGUGCGGAAGAUGAGGACUCCUCCCCACAGGACCUCAUCUACUGGGUCAGUCCACCCAGCAACGGGCAUUUGGCUCUCAAGUCCUUUCCUGGCCAAAGCAUCCAGAACUUCACCCAGGCUCAAAUUAACAAGGGCCUGGUAGUGUUUGUACACACUGGAGCCAUGUCAGGAGGCUUUAACUUUCAGGUUACUGAUGGUUUGAACUUUGCACCGCGACAAAUAUUUAGCAUCACCGCUCGAGCCCUGACCAUCAGCUUAGAAGUAAACCGAGGAUUGAGCAUCUUUCCAGGGACGCAAGUGAGCCUUGCUCAGUCGGCUUCUCCACUAGCCACUGAAGGAUGUUGGUCUCUGCUGCUGUGUGAAGGUUCCACGAAACCCCUUUCAUCCGGUGACCUGAGAGCUGUGACCAAUGAUGCGGACAGCACAGGAAACAGAACUGUAACUUUUACGGUUAUAAGUUCCCCUAGACUUGGGAGGUUGGUGCGAGUAAAUUCCGACAACAGCACAGAGGAUGUUUCCGUGUUUACGCAGACUCUGGUCAGUGAACGACUGAUAUUAUAUCAGCAUGUGGAUCGUGAGAACACUGGCUGGACUGCAGAAGACUCUUUCACAUUCACGACAUCCUCCCCACCAGCAGCUCUAGGCCCUGAGGAGUUUCGUAUUACUAUAUCGUAUGAAAUUACUGAACCUGGUCGGCAUAGUCGUCUGCUUGCAAAUACAGGAGCUGCCGUCAAGGAGGGAGACAAAGUUCUCAUUGGCCAAUCUAAUUUAGAUGCUUCCAACCUCUUACUGAAAUUACCCAAAUCACAGCGAUCUUCCUAUGAGAUCUGGUUCCAGGUUAUAUCUCUUCCUCACCAUGGAACCCUUAUGGUUGGAGAGAGGAAUAUUACCAAAGUAAAACCCAAUUUCUCCCAGUAUAUAGUUAAUAAAUUUGGAAUCAUAUACCUUCACGAUGACUCUGAAUCACUGGCUGAUAAUUUUACCUUUGCCGUUUGGCCAAAUCAAAAGAGCAAGUCUGCCACCAAGCCAAAGGCUGACUUCCUUGAAGAGAUGUUUAACAUCACCAUCUCUCCUGUUAAUGACCAGGCACCAGCAUUAAAGACAAAGGGGCUUCGGUUGAAAGUUCUACAGGGCAACAGGUUAGUUGUGGGACCUGAAAAUCUGAGAGUGGAAGAUCUAGACAGUCCUCCAGAGGAGAUCAGAUAUAUGAUCAUCCGUAAUCCUAAUAAUGGCUUUUUGGCACUGGCUCACCAUCCAGACAUACCUGUUCACCAUUUCACACAGGCCGACAUUGACAACUCUAGGGUUUUAUUCAUUCAAGAUGGAAGCCCAUCCUCAGGCGUGUUUUACUUUAGUGUGACCGAUGGUCAACACCACCCACUCUAUAAGCUCUUCCACCUGGAUGUCAUCCCCAUCUCCAUCACCCUUGUGAACCUCACUGACCUACUUCUCCCACAAGGCCAGACAAUAGUUCCUAUCACCAAUACUCAUCUGUCAGCAAUGACCAAUGGGAGAAGCCCCCAAAUCACUUACAAGAUGACAUGGCCGCUCCAACAUGGGCAUCUGCUCAUUGAAAACCAGGUGGUCAUCAGCUUUGGGCAGGAGGAUCUACAUUCAGGAAGACUCUCUUACCAUAUGACAAAUCUCACUGCCUCUGGGGACCAGCUACAUUUCUCACUGUUUACACCAGAAAGCAACCUUACAGGACAAACACUGAGCAUCAGAGUGCAGCCUCUACUGCGGGUUAUGUCAAACUUGACCAUUGCCAACAGAGUGGUUUAUCAGCUGAGAAGAAAGGACCUUGAUGCUACUGAGCUUGCUAAUAGGACUAAGAGUGAUCCCCAAUUUGAAGUGACAGAACCCCCUGUCCAUGGAAGACUUGUACGAAGAGUGGGCCGAGGCGCUGAAAUGGAAAACGCUACUCUAUUCACUCAGAGGGACAUUGACCAAGGAUUGUUAAUGCUGAAUCCACAUGCCAACUUAACAGGCAUCAAUAUGGUGAAUGACUCCUUCACUUUCCUGCUCAGGGCAGACCAUGUACAGCCAGCAAUAGGUUAUCUCCCCUUCACCAUAGUGCCACCUGACCCCUUACUCUUGCAAACAUUUAUCCCUGAUGUUUCUUUACUAGUCACUUCCAAUAACCUUGUGACUUCAGAUUUCUCUCAGGAAAAGCUUGUGGUUUCCUCAGGACCCACAGUACAGGCAGAAACUUUAGGGAAGCUGACUCAGGCCAGGCAGCAGCAAGCAGAUCCCUGGGGACGACACCAUGGUCAAGAGCCUACAAUGGACAGCAGAGCCUCUCUAACUGGGAUCAUUUGGCCACCAAACACCACUGACGCCAGUCCUCAGGCACCCACCCAACCCAGGGAGAGCAGUUAUCCUGUGAUAGUCAUUGUACCCUCGGCUGUGGUGGUCUUCCUGCUGAUAGUAACUGCCGUGACCUUGUGUAUCCAGAUGCUGGGCCGGAGGGCAGAAAAGGCAAAACCUGUCAUCAAGCCCCUGACCAAUCUGGAAACUACAACCCCAAGUCCUAGGCCAGAAAGGAGCAUAGCUGUUCCCACUGUCACAGUGACACCCCUUCUAAAAAGCUCCAGCAGUCCUCCAGUCAGUCUUUGCAGGGACCUGCUAAGUGGGCAAAUGGCUUCUCCAGCUACUGAGCCAGUGGAGAAAUGUGCUCCUUGGGAGACAUGGAUGAAUCUGGAUCCUGACAUGGUCAAGCUCUGCCGACAAACCAACCCAACACUGAAGCACAACCAGUAUUGGGUGUAGACUGAGGGCUCUUGUUCCUGAGUGACCGCCUGCUGUACUGGGAUAGGUACUGGGAUCCAAAGGCAAAGGAAUGCUGGGUGAAUCAACUGAGAAAAGCUUGGCCGUGACAGUCACUCAGUGCUCAGUUAUCGUCCCGUGGUUAGAUGUUGGCAAGUGUUUAUUGUAACGCGUACAACACUCUUCUGAUGGGCUCUCCACAAUGAGCUUUGUAUGCUCUCUUCUGGACCUGACUCUGAGUAUAAGGUUGUGUCAGUAUUUAAGCCCUUUACCAAAGUGCUACCAAACAUGCUGGCCUAACUGGGAACAGCAGUAUUAACUUGGGUGCUAGAGUUAAUGGAGGAAGCCUUUGCAUAUUUUUCACUGAGGAUUCACUCUCUCUGAGUGAGUCAGCAAGGAAAUGCAGGAACUGUUUCAGCAAGUAGAAAAGGUAAUUUAGCAAAUCAGCAAGUUUGUUUCUAGUGUAUUUCUAUAAUGUAUUUUCUUCCUUGGAGCCUGUAGGUUUGACUUCUUGUGCAGGAAAUGCCUUGGUGCUCUGGAUAGUAGGACAGCUUGACUCCCUUUGAAGUAUUCACUGAGCAUAUUGUGUUUCAUCGAGAAGAUUUAUCUAUUCUGACUUGUAAAACCAAGUCUGUAGUACAAAUAUGAUUUGAAGCCCUAAAGAAUAGAAAAGGCUGUUAAACGCAUUUGUGAUGACUCGAUUUGGCUUAACAUCACGAUGAAUUGAAAUAAUGGCAAAUUUGUACCUGACUUGUCUGGUUGAGCCUACCAUUGGCUCAACUGAUUCAAACCUGUUUUGAUAACUCUAAAAUGAAGAUAUCAGUACUUGUAUUAGUUAUGAAUGCUUUAGGUUGCAAAUCACAGGACAUUAGCUAUGAGUCGUUUAGAUUGGAGAUGGCAAACUUUAUU